GUGAUAAUGUACUAUGGUAUGUGACAUACGCUGUCAAAGUCCCAGUAUCAGUAGUUUUUGUUAAUGUUUUUUAAAGGUAUUGAUUGUAGGGGGAGGCAGGGCCAUAUUGGGAAAUAACUGUGGCACAUAAGGAGCAAAAUGAAUCAGUCAUACUUCAAACAACAAAUUUAAUGGCUCCUGUUACUUUAAAAUACACUACUAUAGAACAAGAGGAGGGUUAUGUUAAUCUUAGUGGCAGGCCAAAGUCCAUCAGAAGCUUAAUCAGGAUGCCAAGGAAUUAUUACCUGAUUGAUCUUGUGUUUGCAGUCCUUUCCAUCUUUGGAUUCUAAGCCUUCUAUUGCCUUAGCAGUAAAGAAGCGUGUCAAUGGAUCCAUCUGUGGCCAUUGCUCUUGGCUUACUGCUCUGUAUGUCAUGUCUGCUUCUCAUUUUAUCAUGGAGAAAGGGUUUUGGAAGAGGAAAACUUCCACCUGGUCCUGUUCCUUUUCCCAUUAUUGGCAAUAUGCUCCAGGUAGACCUUAAGAAUAUCCCUCAAUCUCUUUGCAAGCUAGGAAAACAAUAUGGCCCAGUGUUCACUCUGCAAUUUGGUGCUGAGCGUGCUGUUGUGUUAUAUGGGUAUGCGGCAGUGAAAGAAGCUCUGAUUGACUAUGGCGACAAGUUUGCUGAUAGAGGACCUACGCCACUUUACAAUUUGCUUGAUGAUGGAAUGGGUAUUGUUACAAGCAAUGGAGAGACAUGGAAGCAAAUCCGCCGCUUCUCUCUCAUGACCCUGAGGAAUUUUGGGAUGGGGAAGAGGAGCAUCGAAGAGCGAGUCCAAGAAGUGGCAAAGAAUCUUAUGGAGGAGUUGAAAAAAACAAAAGGAUCACCAUGUGACCCCACGUUCAUCCUUGGCUGUGCUCCUUGUAAUGUAAUCUGCUCUAUCAUUUUCCAGAAAUGUUUUGAAUAUAAAGACCAGAAAUUUCUAUAUUUAAUGAAGCUUUUGAAUGAAAAACGUCAAGAUCCGUAAGUUCCCCAUG